GUGUGCUCUUAUGUGUAUACAGGUGUAGCGAAGUUAAUGGCGUUAAGUGCGUGUAGGUGCUGCACAUGAUAUGCACAGUGAUUUUGGUUGCAGUCUUUUGUUUCUUGUCAUCGAAUUGCGUUGGUCAAAUCAGAUCCGAGACGAUGCGAACAAGUGUCAUCGCUCGGACGAUCGUGUGCAAGAAUUAAAGAAGUAAAUCAAGUGGAGUGCGUACACGCAGGACAGUGAUCAAAAACCAAUGCUCCGUCGUUGUCGCUAGCUAUGCCACAUCGAGUGUUCGUGGUCAAUAUCAUCUCGUGCGUUCGGACAGAUUCUUGGUGAAUAGCCAUUGUCCACAUGCAGGACGUAUCGAUAAUACAAGAAGCUGCUCUAUACUUGUGUGUUGUGCGCGAGUGUAUAUAAAGUAUAACUUGGACGAGAAGGGGGAGGGAGGCGGUGUGUAUACCUCGUUGUGAUUUCUGAAGGACUCGGCCUGCAGUCCCUAUAACAUAUACCUACAAGACGUGCACCUCGCGACUCGUAUACGCGUCUGUGUGUGCGCGUGUGUGUGUAUAUGUAGGCGCAUAAAGUGCAUAUACUUACGAGUACCUUAUACAGCAGCGUAAGUCGCAGAGCCAUGCAAGUAUGAGGCUGCCCUGCGGCUUGACCGCCGCUCGACCGAGAGAAAGAAAAGAAGAGGUUGUGCGCCGCUGAUCGUGUCAAGUGCCUGGCUAUAUACUCCGAAUUAACAUCGUCUCUCGCGUUAAAAAAAGUUACGAAUCACGCGUGUCUGAAUCGCACGGAUUAUUUGGAGGUUCGGACCAAGCAUCAUGCCUUGUCGGUGUCGGGAAUGCCGCUCAUACGAAUGCAACGAGUCCAGCAACGCCAAGAGCGCGAGAAGCAACGAAAACAGGCGGCGAUUUGACAAUACGUCAUAGUUUCGAGUGCCAUAACAAUGACAAGAUUUCGACAAAUGAUGGGUCCGGUACCGAAGCUCCUGGCGUUCGUCGUGCUUGCCUUGCUGGUCUCCUACAGCCAUGGCUCGCCGACGCUACUUUUCGCCACCAACAAAGAUAUACGAGUGGCCAAUGUCACCAGAUCCAACAAGCUCGCAACGACCUUGGUCAAAGACUUGCCGGACGGAGUGACGUUAGAUUUUUAUUACGAGCGGGGCUUGGUUUGCUGGUCCGACAGUGCCCUCGAAAUGAUACAAUGCGUACACACGAAUGGCACCCACACGCAGGACCCUAUAACCGUGGUGAACUCGAGCAUGAUAUCGCCCGACGGUCUGGCCUGCGAUUGGUACACGGGCAAGCUGUACUGGACGGACGGCGAGAAGAAUCGCAUCGAGGUGACGAGCAUCGACGGGCGCCACCGCAAGGUGCUCUUCUGGACGGAGAUCUAUCAGCCUCGCGCCAUAGCACUGGCGCCGCAGCGCAGCAUAUUCUUCUGGACGGAUUGGGGCGACGUGCCGAAGAUCGAGCGAGCCGACAUGGACGGCGAGCCGAGCUCCCGUCGCGUCCUCGUGUCCAACGACAUAUUCUGGCCGAACGGCCUCACCGUCGAUUACGACAACGAGCUGGUCUACUGGACGGACGGCCGAUACAAGUUCAUCGCCGUCAUGGAUUACGAGGGCCUGAAUCGUCGCAAGAUCCUCGAGAGCGGCCUCGAGUACCCGUUCGCAGUGAGCUACUUCGAGCAGCGGCUCUACUGGACCGACUGGCGCACUUGGUGCAUACACAGUCUGGAUCUGCGCGCGCCUAAUCAAGCCGUCGGUCAGAUGUCCGUGUCUCAUCGCGAGACGCAACAGCAGCAGCAGCAGCAACAACAACAACAGGUACAGCAGAAGCCCCGAGAGCUGCUUCACGGCGAAUACAUACCGGGCGACAUCGAGGUGUGGGACGCGCGACGCCAGCCACCGGCCCCUCCCGGCAAGAAUCCCUGCGCCAAGAACAACGGCAACUGCUCGCACCUCUGCUUGCUGAGCACCAACAAGGCCGGCUACAGCUGCGCCUGCCCGACCGGCGUGACCCUCCUCGACGGCUUCAAUUGCGCCGACGGGCCCCAGCAGCUGCUGCUCAUCGUCCAGCGCUACGAGAUAUCUACCAUAUCGCUCGACACGCCCGACUACACCAACUUCGUGCUGCCGCUGCAGGGCAUCAAGUACGCCAUCGCCAUCGACUUCGAUCCGGUCGACGAGAUGCUCUACUGGACCGACGAGGUGGCCCGAGUCAUCAGGCGCGCCCGACUGGACAGCACGGGUCAGCAGGACGUGGUGGCGGCCGAGGUCAAGAGCGCCGACGGCAUCGCCGUCGACUGGAUCGCGCGCAACCUCUACUGGACCGACACGGGCACCGACCGCAUCGAGGUGGCGCGCCUCGACGGCUCCUGCCGCAAGGUGCUCGUGCACGAGGACCUCGGCGAGCCGCGCGCCAUCGCCCUCGCCCUCGAGCUCGGCCGCAUGUUCUGGACCGACUGGGACGACAAGCGGCCCAAGAUCGAGCGAGCCAAUCUCGACGGCAGCGAGCGCUCCGUCAUCAUUUCCAAGGACAUUGCCUGGCCCAACGGCAUCGCCCUCGACCUGGAGCGUCACAAGGUUUACUGGUGCGACGCCAAGACCGACAAGAUCGAGGUCUGCAACAUGGACGGCAGCGAGCGCCGCGAGGUCAUAACCGACAACCUGCCUCAUCUCUUUGGCUUCAGCCUGCUCGGCGAUUAUCUGUACUGGACCGACUGGCAGCGUCGCAGCAUCGAUCGCGCGCACAAGCUCACCGGCGCCGAUCGCGAAAUCAUCGUCGAGCAGUUUCCCAAUGUCAUGGGCCUCAAGGCUAUUCAACGGGGCCGACCCAACGGCACCAAUCCUUGCGCUUUCAAUAACGGCGGCUGCAAUCAUCUUUGCCUCAAUCGACCGCAAAACAAAUACGUCUGCGCCUGCCAGAUCGGUUACGAACUUACUGCCGAUCAACGCAACUGUAUCGUGCCCGAGAGCUUUUUGCUUUUCACGCGCAAGGACAAAAUCGGUCGCACGAGUAUAGAAAAUUCGAAUAACGACAACAUUAUACCGAUUACUGGUAUCAAAGACGCCAGUGCCCUAGAUUUUGAAAUAUCGAAUAAUCAUAUCUACUGGACAGAUGUCAAAUUGAAAACCAUAACCCGAGCCUUUAUGAAUGGAUCGGAAGUAGAAAAAGUCGUGGAUCUUGGUUUAGAAACACCGGAUGGUUUGGCCAUCGAUUGGAUAGCCCAUAAUCUUUACUGGAGUGAUACCGGUACUCGAAGAAUCGAGGUUAUUCAUUUGGAGAGCUUCAGCAGGAGAGCUUUAAUUUGGCAAGAUCUAAUUGAGCCAAGAUGCCUUGCGCUCGAUCCCGAGCGAGGCUUUAUGUACUGGACCGAAUGGGCCAAUACUGGUGGAAUUGAACGCGCCUGGCUAGAUGGAACUCAUCGACAAGUCAUCGUGACGGACAUUGGUCGCACUAAUGGCUUGACCAUCGACCAUUCUGCACGGCGUUUAUAUUGGGCCGAUCUAUUCACACCGGCCAUAGAUAGUUAUGAUCUCGUAACUAAUAAGCGUAAAAAGAUUAUCACUUUAGACAUAGGCUACCCAUUUAGCAUAACUCAGUACAAGGAUAAUAUUUAUUGGACCGAUUGGAAUACCGGUGAUAUUGAACGAGCCGAUAAAACAACCGGCGCAAAUAGGACAAAAAUCCAUGACAAAUUAGAAUCUGUAACUGAUCUCUUAGUAGUACAUAAAUCCCGUCAACCCGGUUGGAAUACUUGCGCUGUCAAUAACGGUGAUUGUAGUCAUCUUUGUAUUGCUCUCCCAGGUAACAGCACCGAUGCACUUUCAAGAAGACACAGGUGUGCUUGUCCGACCCACUACGUUUUAGCCGCCGAUAAUAAAACUUGUAUCGCUCCCAAAAACUUUAUGGUAUACAGCUUCCGUAAUGUUAUGGGUCGUUUUUUGCCCGAUACAACCGACUGCCCCGACAUUAGUCUACGUGUUCAAGGUUUGAAAAAUAUACGAGCAAUUGAGUUCGACCCGAUUACUCAGUACAUUUAUUGGAUUCGUACCGGGGACGGUCGAAGUUCUUCCAUUAGAAAAGCUUUGGAAAAUCGCACACACGCUACGGUCGUAAUACCCGGCGGCCUUGGUCAUCCUUUCGAUCUCGCGCUGGAUCCUCUUGGACGCUUACUGUUUUGGUCGUGCGCAAUGAACGACGCUAUUAAUGUGACCAGGCUCGAUUCUGAUUCUAGUGUCGGUGUUGUUGUAAAAGGCAAUGGAGAAAAACCAAGAAAUAUUGCUGUACAUCCGGAAAAAAGGCUUCUUUUUUGGACAGACAUUGGCGAAAUGCGUGUAUUUCGAGCUUCGAUGAACGGCAAUGACAGAAUCGUCAUUGCUUCCGACUUGGAAAAUCCUUCCAGUUUAACCGUCGACACAAAUGCCAAUUUAGUGUAUUGGGCUCAUGGGCGUCAAAUAGAAUUUUCAGAUUUAGAUGGAUCAAAUCGACGUAUUCUUCUAAAUAAUCUGCCAGGUCCUGCACUGCACUUAUCAGUUCUCUUUAAUUAUCUUUACUGGUUUGAACGCGAUGGUCAAACGAUUGAGCGAAUAGAUAAAACAACAGGUUCCGGACGUAAAAUCGUGAUGAACAAUCGAGCUCUAACGGAUAUGAUAUCAGUGAAGAUGCCGAGUAAUUCGGAUAUGGAAACUAAUAUUUGCAGUCCUUUACACGAGUAUGGGGGUUGUUCGCACAUAUGUAUUGGAACAGGACCGACUGGCAGUCCGUUGUGCUCGUGCCCGCAGUCGCUUAUACUAUCCGAUGAUGGCAAAAAUUGCAGACUAGCACCAACGUGCGGUACAGACCAAUUUACGUGUUUGACGAGCAAAUCCACAGACUCGAAAGAUUGUAUUCCUGAGACCUGGAAAUGUGACGGACAGAGAGAUUGUGCCGACGGCAGCGAUGAACUCGGGUGCCCACCUUGUAACCGUGAUGUACAUUUCGAGUGUCACAAUGGACAAUGCAUAGAUAAUUCGUUAGUGUGCGACGGUCGAUCUCAAUGCAGCCAAGGCGAAGAUGAGCUGAAUUGUUGUCGAUUGGGACAAUUUCGAUGCGUCUCAACCGGUAUGUGUAUUAGUGCAAUAGCUAUGUGUGAUGGCUGGGACAAUUGUGCAGACGGGAGCGAUGAAUCAACUCCAGCCUGCGCUUCUGUAAACAAUGGUCAUCGUCAGGCUGCAGAACCGAUCUUGGAAUCGGGUAAAAGCAGUUACGUCAUUGCUGUUAUUGUUGUCGUCAUAGUCACGGUUUUAUCCGCACUGGGGGUAUAUUACUGUCGACGAAAAAUGGGUGGUAAUGAAGAACUGCCAGAUAUUUUGCAUGACUCUGCUGGUGAUCCGCUAUCGCCUAAGAAUGGCCGCCUAUCGGCUAAGCCAAUGCUCAGUCAAAAAAAUGGUCGUAAAGAUUUAAAACCUGGUAUGUCUGUGCGUAUGUCUACGCUUAACGCCAGCAGCAUAAGCUCAAGCUAUGAUCGCAGUCACAUUACUGGUUUUUCAUAUUGUCCAUCUAGUUCAACUCAAGGGAGCUCUGCCGGAGGUUACCCGCAAGAAACGUUGAACCCACCACCGAGUCCAGCGACCACAGCGAACUCAACGCGAUGUUCGAGUAGCAAUGCAUCGCGUUACCGUCCCUAUCGAAAUUAUCGAAGUAUUAAUCAACCACCACCACCCACACCUUGUAGUACUGAUAUAUGCGAUGAAUCAGAUAGCAAUUACCCGCCAAUGCCACGAUCAAGGUACGGUAAUCCAAGAGAGCCUUUUCCACCACCUCCAACCCCGAGAUCGGUAUACCAGAGUGACGCUGCUAUUAGCUGUCCUCCGUCACCGAGUUCACGUUCAUCGACAUAUUUUAGUCCACUACCACCUCCUCCAUCACCUGUACCUUAGUUCCGUUGUAAACAUGUUGAACGAUUAACCUUUAACUUAGUACAUUGCACAAGAAUCCUAUGCAUUUAACGUACACACUGGUCGGAACAUGAUUUCUAUUUUUGAAACAUGAUUAUUCCCUUUGAGGUAAACAAUACUGAAUAAUAAUAACGGAGUUACAAUUUUAAUUGUAAUAUUCCCGAUGACUGAACUCUUUUUUAAAGUAUAUAUAUUUGCACGUAUUUAUUUACGUGUCUAAAGUGCGUGUGUGUGAGUGUCUCUUGAUAUGAAAAAGUUUACCGUUAAAAUAGUGCAAAUAUUUUAAUUUAUAAAAUAAUUUUGCCUCUCAUCUUUCUCUUAAUAGGGGUUUAAAAUACCGUUGUGCCUAAAAAUAAGCAUGCAUCUUAAAUAAAAUGUAAAGACUAUUUAUACAAAGUAAAUUUAAGCAUGUGUGCAAUGAAUGGUAGUAAUUACUUAAAAUAAAUAAAAUUUAUAUAAUCUUUUGGAUACUAUACAUAAUGCUAUAAUUGUAUUUUUAUAAAAAAAAGUAAUUCAUAUGAAUUUGAGAACAUUUUAUAGCAAGAUCGAUUAAAAUUAGAAUUAUUUUUUUUUUUUUUUGAUAAAGUAGUUUCAAAAGUUCGAACAUUUAAAAAGCAAUUUCAUGUAAAAUAUUUUUAACUUUUUGAUAGAUAGAUUGGAUUUAUUGAGUACAUAUUGAUAUUACAGAAUUAUUCAAAAAAGUAUAUAUGUAUAAAACAACCUAUUGAAUCAUAAUUAUUAUUAUUAUUGUCAUGUCAAAUUAUAUUUGUAACGAUAUAGGGCAAAACGGGGUUUGUUGGCAUGAGAGAAAAGUUGGCAAAAUGGAAUAUUUCUCCUCUUCAAUGACUUUAUAGAGAAUGAUACUAUGAGUAGUCCUAACAUCAAAAUAUCUAGUAUUUGUACGCAUUAUUUCGGUUCAAACCAUUGAUAAGGAGAAAUAUCCAUUUUGCCAACUUACCUUGGAUGCCAACACAUCCUGCUCUCCCUUACAUUGACCCACUUCAUUUAGGCAAUCAAAUUAAUUACAUAAAAUUAGUAGAUAAAAAUGAUUUAGAAAUAAGAUUGCGCAAGGGAGAACAUGUGCCUUUAAAAAAAUUACUCAAAUUACUUCU